AUGACAAAAUAAUAAAUAUUUUUACUGAUUAUGCAAUCUACGGUCUUAUUGCAUUGUGUUUAAUCUAUGGAAUUUUUGAAUUUUUGACACUUGACGGACAUGUGAAAACUCUGCAAUCACAACAAAAAAUUCUCAAGAUGACUGCCACGAGCGUCCACAUUGAGACUCUUUUGGAUUUUCUGAGUGAAAACCCCGAUCUUGCUCGCGGCCUUGUGCAUAGUCUGGAGGGGCGGGCUAAGGCAAAACGCUUGUGGGAGACCUUAACAUCUCAACUUAAUAGCAUGGGGGGUGCUGUGAAAACGGUGCAGCAGUGGAAAAAGGUGUGGGCUGACAGGAAGUAUUUGGCUAAAAAGGCUAACAGUGCAGCCAGAAGGUCAGCUGGUGCCACUGGGGGUGGGCCGCCAACUGCUGACCUAUUAUCGGGUAACGAUAUUAAAGUAAUUUCGAUAACGGGGGCAGGCUUUGGUGAGCCCGACAUACCCUCAUGUAGAGUGCUAGCUUUUCCUCAGCCAGCUGAACAACCUGAGCAACCCACACCUUUACGCACAGAAAGCCCCACACUAAGCUUCCCAUGCGAAGAGGUAGAGAUGCCACAGGUCAACCCACAAGCUUCUCUCCCAGUGAUCCCUGGACCAAGCACCAGCACCAGUUUUUCAGUUUCAAGGAAGGUACGGCGACGAGUGCGCCCAGCGACACAGGCGGAUCUCCGAAAUCGCGUAUUUCGCCUUGAAACUGAGAAAAAGGAAGUACUGGAGGGGAUCCUGAGGGAGAUGAGAGAAAUAAAUAUAAAUUUAAAAAAACUUAUAGAAAAAUUGUAUUAAUGUUGUUUUAUUUUCUGGUAACAUAUUAUGUUUUUACUGGUGGUAGGUCUCUCAAAAAUGUGGCAGUACGCCUGGGUUGAUACUACCACAAUGUCUAUUUCUGCCGCCAGCAGAGUGUAGUCACUGUUGUGUUCCGGUUUGAAAGGCAUUGUAGUCAGUGUAAUUACUGGACAUAAUAAGACUUAACAUCUCAUGUCUUAGGAUAACGAGUACAGUGGAAUACCAAACAAUUAUUUAUAAUUCAAGGUGUUGGAUGAUGUUUCUACUGUUUAUGGGCGGUCGUAUCGCUUAUCAUCAGGUAAACGGCAAGCUCUACCCGUCAUUCAAACUAAUACUAAAAAUAAAAAUAACUAAUAAAAAAAAUAGUAUAUUUGUAAAUAAAUCUUCCAUUCUUGAAAACUGUGUUCGUCAUAGAUGCUCUCGCAAUUCGGUGGUUGUUUAAUUAUUC